AUAGGGAGUAAGUAGUCCUCAGCCGAAAAGAGACAAUGUGGAUGAUGCUGGAUUGCAGCUCAGAGUUUGACGGCUUGAGCCUCCUGCUUGAGGCGGGGACUGGGGUGAAUGCACCCGCAGAUGCCUUUGGUCAGUCCCCAGCUCACUUGGCUGCUUGUGGAGGACAAGCUUUUUUCCUACUCUGGCAACUGCAAACAGGCGCUAAUCUCAACCAACAGGAUUGCCAUGGAGAAGCUCCUAUUCAUAAGGCAGCUAAAGUUGGGAGCUUGGAGUGUCUUGCUCUACUCGUUGCCAGUGAUGCCAGAAUAGAUUUGUGCAAUAACGAUGGACAAACAGCAGAAGAUCUUGCAUGGGCUUUUGGAUUUCUGGAGUGUGCCAAGUUCCUCACAACUGUUAAACAUACUCAAAAUAUGAAGCUAAGAGAACAAUCUAGUUGCGCACUUAAGGACAAUUGUGGUUUGCCAAGAGAGGCUUUAGCUGGACAGAAACGAGCAUAUGGAAUUAUGGGACCCACAAACAGAAAGAGGAGGAGAUCAGAUGAUAUCACAUCUUAG